GAGAUGAGGCUAUUUUUGUUCGAAGCUGAUACUUCUGCCUGAGCCACAAGUGCUGCUUGGAAAGGGCUCAGGUUGUUUCCAGGGGGAGAACUCUGCAGAGAAGAGACGAAGUUCAACAGGACAACAAAGGGGCGGCAGAAAGAGCCAGGAAAACGAAGAGCCCUCACGUUUUUCACACAGAGCCCCCUAUCAGAGUUCUCGAAUUCUAAAGUAUUCUGCAAAGUGCCACUUGACCGGAACUUUUCGCCUGCCUUUCCUUUCUCCAACCACCAUGACUGAGAUCACUGCUGAAGGAAAUGCAUCUACUACCACAACUGUGAUCGACAGCAAAAAUGGAUCCGUGCCCAAAUCCCCUGGAAAAGUGCUGAAGAGGACGGUCACAGAGGACAUAGUGACAACAUUCAGCUCCCCAGCAGCCUGGCUUCUGGUCAUUGCUCUGAUAAUCACAUGGUCAGCUGUUGCUGUUGUUAUGUUUGACCUGGUGGAUUACAAAAACUUUUCAGCGAGCUCUCUUUCCAAGAUUGGCUCAGAUCCUCUAAAACUUGUGCACGAUGCUGUGGAAGAAACCACGGACUGGGUCUAUGGCUUCUUUUCUUUGUUGUCUGACAUCAUCUCGUCUGAGGGUGAUGAAGAAGAUGAUGAUGAUGGGGAUGAGGACGCUGAUAAAGGAGAAAUAGAGGAGCCUCCCUUGAAACAAAAAGAAAUACACAAAGAUAAGACUGAAAAGCAGGAGAAACCUGAAAGGAAAAUACUAACUAAAGUUGCACACCGAGAAAAAGAAAAAGUAAAAGAAAAAGAAAAAUCUGAAAAAAAAGCAACUCACAAGGAAAAAAUUGAGAAAAAAGAAAAAGCAGAAACAAAGAAAGAAGAGAGGAAAGCCAAGGCUGAAGAGAAGAUUAAAAAGGAAGCGAAAGGUGGGAAACAAGAGAAAGUGAAGCCAACAGCUACAAAAGUCAAAGAAGUACACAAAACUCCACCUAAGCCCAAAGAGAAGGAGGGGAAAGAGACUGUGGCCGUGUCCAAGCAUGAACAGAAAGAUCAGUAUGCGUUCUGUCGAUAUAUGAUUGACAUGUUUGUCCAUGGGGAUUUAAAACCAGGCCAAAGCCCAGCCUUACCACCUCCAUUACCAACAGAACAAGCUUCCAGACCCACUCUGGCAUCACCUCCUCUGGAAGAGAAAGAAGAGGAAAAGAAGAAAGCUGAGAAGAAAGUGACUUCUGAAACAAAAAAGAAAGAAAAAGAAGAUGUCAAAAAGAAAACGGAUAAGGACACUGCUGUGGAUGUGAAAAAAAAAGAUCCAGGGAAAGCUCCUGAAACCAAACAAGGGACUGUAAUAGUUGCUGGACAAGCAGCAUCUAAAAAAGAUGAAAAGAAGGAAGAUUCUAAGAAAACAAAAACCCCGGUAGAAGAACAUCCCAAGGGAAAAAAACAGGAAAAGAAAGAAAAACAUGUGGAACCAGCAAAGUCACCAAAGAAGGAACAUUCGGCUCCAAGUGAAAAACAAGUAAAAGCAAAAACUGAACGAGCCAAAGAAGAGACCAGUGCUGCCUCAACUAAAAAAGCUGUACCUGGUAAGAAGGAAGAGAAAACAACCAAGACAGUGGAGCAAGAAAUUAGAAAAGAAAAAUCCAUGAAGACGUCUUCAGUUUUGAAGGAUAAAGAAUCUGAAAUUAAAAAAGAUGAAAAUAUGCUCAAAGCAGGCAAAGAAGUCAAGCCUAGGACUCCACAGCCACAAGUAAAAAAGGAAGAGAAACCAGAGUCUCAAGUUAAAAAGGAAGCAAAAUCAGACAUCUCUUGGAAAACUCAAAUACAUAAACAAGACAUAGCAAAACCAGAAAAGACUGUUUCUCAUGCAAAACCAGAAGAAAAAGUUGUCAAGCAGGUAAAAGCUACCACAAUAGAAAAAACAGUCAAGCCCAAAUCAGCAAAAAAAGAUGAACACCAAGAAAAAGAAUCUCCAUCUACAAAAACAGACAAACCUAAACCAACUUCAAAGGAAACAUCAGAAGUCACAGAAUCAGGGAAGAAGAAAACUGAAAAAUCUGAAAAAGAAAGUAAAGAAAAAGGGGAAAUGAAACAUCCUAAAGAAGAAAAAGUCUCAACAAGAAAAGAAAGUCUUCAAUCAUACAAUGUGACAAAAGCGGGAAAACCUGCAAGAGUAUCAAGAGAAGAUUUGGAAGAUGUACCAGCUUCAAAGAAAGCUAAAGAAGCUGAAGAUGUGUCUUCCACAAAGAGGCAAAAAAGCCCCAUCAGUUUCUUCCAAUGUGUCUACUUGGAUGGAUACAAUGGCUAUGGAUUUCAGUUUCCUGUCACUCCUGCACACCGUCCUUCAGAGAGCUCUGACCAACCAAGUUCUCCAGGACAGAAGCAACAAGGACAAUAGACACACAUGCAGGGCCCUUACAAGUGCUUUAAGACUUUGAAAAUAGGAUCUUCUGUUUGUCUGCAGUGGCAUAGGCAAUUGAAAUCAUGAAUCUGAGGAAUUUCUCUGAAAAUGUUUUACUCUUCUGCCUGGUCUAGAGAGAAAGGGUGGGCAAAAAGAAUGAAUGAUAAGCAAACAUAUUGAAAGAUCUGGCAUUCAAGAACCUGUUAUUUGUGUUUGUUGCUAGGCAUGGAUGCUUAUAUUUUUCUAUUUCUACUUAUUGUAGGGUUGCUCACAGGUUAAUUUAAAGUUUCCUUAAUCAUGAUCUUUUAAACAUAACUGACACAAUUACAAAAUGGAAUUCUGAUGUCAGUUAGGUAUAUUUUUAAAUGACAACAAAGACUGUGCUUUCAAUUUAAAGAGUAUAGGAGCUACCCUUUAUGGGCGUACAAAACUACUUUUUAUCAUGUAGCUCUCUAAACACAAUUUGCCCACUAAGUUGAUGUUCAAUAGUUUGAUUUUAUUUAUGUCUCUUUCUAUUUUAGCUGUGGUAAUGCUCUAAGAAUGGGUAAUAGUUGAACCAAAAAGUGCUGUAAGUUCCUUGUAAUGCUCCUUUCGAUAGAAUUCAAAAUAUCUCUGAACUUUGGACAUGGUAAGAUGGAGUAGAAAUGUUUGAUAAAUCAUAUCUUUGAUUUGUCUUGAAUUACAACUAGGACAUUCACUCCAGUGGAAAUAUACCAUCCAGUUAGGCAAGUCUGAUGAAUCAUUUGUUUAAAAUAAAAGCAAAUGAGAUGUAGUAUUUUCAGAUUUCUCCAGACUAUGGCCUAAUGAAAAUGUCACCUGGAUGAAAUUUUAGAUCAGUCACUAAAUUCAGGUGACAGUUGCAAAGUAUUUAAUGUCACUUUAAUAGGAUUAUUCUGUACGGUUAAGUACAUUUUCUUUCUCAAAAAAAAAUAUAUAUAUUUGUGUAUAUAUAUACCUAUAUAUAUAUACACACACACAUACAUAAAUGAAUGUCAUCAAAAUUAAAGAAAUGCAUUUUAAACAUAAGUGCUUCAUGAGAUGUCUUACUUGUUUCUUAGGUAAGUGAUUAUCAAUGCCAGUGAAAUGAAUGACAAUCUUUAACUUACUUGAUGAUGCAUCACUGAGAAUGACUAUUUUGGUUUUGUCAUCUUUUUUGUCUCCUGGUGAUAUGAAC